UGAUUGCGGCGCGCCCGUGUCAGUCCCGGGAGAGAGCGCGGGCGGCGGGCCAGGCCGCGGGACAGCCGCAGGUGGGGCCUGGAGCGGUGGCCGCGUCCAGGCAGCCCCGCAGCCCCGCGCGGGAGCCAAGAUGCCUCGCGGGGACUCGGAGCAGGUGCGCUACUGCGCGCGCUUCUCCUAUCUUUGGCUCAAGUUCUCUCUCAUCGUCUACUCCACUGUGUUCUGGCUGAUUGGGGGCCUGAUCCUGUCAGUGGGGAUCUACGCAGAGGCGGAGCGGCAGAAAUACAAAACCCUAGAGAGUGCCUUCCUGGCCCCGGCCAUCAUCCUUAUCCUCCUGGGGGUGGUCAUGUUCAUCGUCUCCUUCAUCGGGGUGCUGGCUUCCCUGCGGGACAACCUGUGCCUUCUCCAGUCGUUUAUGUAUAUCCUGGGAAUCUGCCUGGUCAUGGAGCUUAUUGGUGGCAUAGUGGCUUUGAUCUUCCGGAACCAGACCAUUGACUUUCUGAACGACAACAUCCGGAGAGGAAUCGAGAAUUACUAUGAUGAUCUGGACUUCAAGAACAUCAUGGACUUUGUUCAGAAAAAGUUCAAGUGCUGUGGCGGGGAGGACUACAGAGACUGGAGCAAAAACCAGUACCACGACUGCAGUGCCCCCGGGCCCCUGGCCUGUGGGGUGCCCUACACCUGCUGCAUCCGGAACACGACAGAUGUUGUCAACACCAUGUGCGGCUAUAAAACAAUCGACAAAGAGCGCCUGAAUGCGCAGAGCAUCAUUCACGUACGGGGCUGCACCAGUGCCGUGUUGAUAUGGUUCAUGGACAACUACACCAUCAUGGCGGGCCUCUUACUGGGCAUCCUGCUUCCUCAGUUUUUUGGUGUGCUGCUGACCCUACUGUACAUCACCCGUGUGGAGGACAUUAUCUUAGAGCACUCUGUCACGGAUGGACUGCUGGGACCUGGUGCCAAUUCCAGCACGAACAAAGCAAGCACUGGAUGCUGUCUGUGCUACCCCGAUUAGGACCUGGCCUGGCACAGCAGCGCUACCCAGACGUACUGCAAAGUGCAUCCAAGUCUACACAAGCUGGACAGGACCAGCUGCAGCUCCUCGGCCUGCCCGUGGUACUGACCAAAGCCCAGGGUGUACGUGCCUGCGGCUCAUGUCUGUUGGCCACUCCACUCACUUUCCCCGGGGAAAGCUGAACCCUGCAGGAUCCUGGGAAACAGGGAUAGCCUAGGUCUAGUUUUGAGCCCCGGAGAAGGAAGCUCAGGGCUCAGUGUGGACUCUUUUUAUUUCUGGCAGUGCCUUGGCCAAUGGUCAUUAUGCCCCUUCAAGGGAAGUUUUUGCAGUGAUUUUUUUUUUUAAAGGAGAGAAGGGAGUGUAUCUGUUCCGCGGGGCAGGAAGUGUUGAGUGCAGCCCCGGUACACUGCUCUAGACAUGAGGUAGGACCAUGUCUCAAAUUCCCAGGUGCCUUGAGUCCUCUGUAAGGCUCCUGCUUCACCCACCCAUUUUCUAUGUGAUUUUUUUUAAUAUAACCAUAUUUUGUAUACAAUUAACAAGAGUUUCUGGCUACUCAAAACUAGCCAACUAGCCAUCCCCAACCCAGUCCAGUCAUCCCUCCCUUUAGUUCAUUAAUUGAACAAUAAAGAUGUGUUUUUUGGGGUGGUUCUUU